CUACCUCUAACUGUAUGUAUAUUGUUUAAAUUUGAUUAAUUUAGAAAACAAAUUUAAAAUCAAUUUAACAUUGGAUUGUGUGCUACAGCCCAAAAUCAAAAGGAGAAAAGUGUUAUAGAAAGGUUAUUGAUGAUUGGAUUAUAAACGUCUGAAGUAUUUAUUUUUCGUAAGUUUUAAAGGCGGAAGAAAUAUUAUUAUUUUACAGUCGCAAGAUUCAUGAACCUAUAGAUCAGUACGGAUACAAAGAUUUUUUUUUAGUUUUUACUGUAACGAGACACAGGCAUUUACUUCAACAGGACAUUGGAUAAAUUCAAACUUUAUAAAUCAAGAUACAAAAUGGUUGAGUAUCACGAUAAUGGGGCUGUGAUUGAUCUAACAGACUCUUUUACUUUAGUAAAUCACUAUGCCCUUUCCAAUUCGAUAAUAGAAGUUGAUGAUACAGAUGAUUCAAUAAUUAUUAAUGUGGAAGAGAAUACAUCAGCUGUUAGAAAAACUACUAAACAAUUUGGACAAGGAUCCAAUAUAGAAAAAAAUACAACUAGGACACCAGAAGAAUUGCCUUUGAAAGUAGGAGUUUGUGCUAUUUGCUUAGAACAGUUGGGAAAGACACAGCCAGGAACAACAAAAUGUGGGCAUGUGUUUUGUCUUAAAUGUCUUGAAAAAGCACUUCGUCGUGAUAAAAAAUGUCCACAUUGUAGAACAGUUUUGAAAGGUGCAAAUGCUUAUCAUAAAAUAUUCUUACCAAUAGGCAUAUAAAAUUCUUCUUUUAUCAAUUGAAUAAUUUAAGACUAGUUUUAUUUAUGUAAAUAAAGACAAUCUCCUAUGCUUUCUAUGUCUUCAGGAUAUGGGUGGGGCUCAUUGAGUGUUAGUGAGCAACUCCAAACAGUGCCUGAGACUUGGAUGUAGGUUUAUUAGUUAUCUCUCUUAUGAUAUAUAAGCUUUCUCCUCCUCUGUAUAUUUCACUCUCCUUACAACAAAAUUCUUAAGAAGUGUGUCUGAACAAAAUGCUUUUGAUGGUUUAUUCGCUAUGUUAAAAACUUAUUAUUAAAAAAUAAAACUUUCUUUCUUUUACUUCUAAAUAAGAUGUAUAUAAUGAGCUUGUUGUUUUACAAUAAUUUAUUUAGUCUAUGUUCCAACUUAAAACUGAAUUAGAUUAAUAUAGAUGUAUAAUAAUUGUUAUUUAUAGAAUUGUGACAUAGGACAUGUAUGACUCGCUUUAGCAGAUUGGAAAUCAAUCACACACACACUGUUUUGAUGAAUGUUUGACAGGCUAUGUAAAUGAAUUCAAGACAAUUCACGAAUAUAGUUGUGAUACUCUCUUCUAGUGAUGCCAAAUACCAUUUACCAUUCACCCACACAGGGAUUGUGUGAAAAAAAAACCAGGAUAACAUUAUACUUGUUAACUAUAUGUAACUAUGUAGUCUAGGACUUAGACUUAGUAGAAUAAUAAAGAAAAUUCUAAUUAAAAGCAUA